AUUUUGGUUAACAGCCUUGGCUGGAUGUGGGAUCUUGCGAGAAGAAUGUAAGUAACAAGAUGGUAUGAAUCGUGUAAAUCGAAGUAUGUACAGAAAGACGUAAUUUCAGACAACCAACAACCAUAUUGCGAACACUUGCAGACACGCAUGGGAUAUCCUCAUCAUCUAUGGCAGAUAUAAAAGUUUGGUCCGGCGAUAAAGAAAAGUUCCAAUCGGAGUUUAGCGAGGGGCCGCGCCCGAUCGAAUCGCGCGCCGCAACUUUUCUACCCCGGCUUUUCUUUUCGGAAGAUCUCGAUCGUUGAGAAACUUUCCCAGCCAAUUUACAGUCCUAAGUACAAUCAACAAAAUGGGGAAGCGCAAGGAACUAAAAGAUGGCGAUGUCGAGAUGGGCGGCACAAACCGGCCUCACGACGAUGACAGUGGAAGCGAAGAUGACGUUGACAUGGUCAAUGUCGACUUCGAAUGGUUCGACCCGUCUGAGAUAGAUUUCCACGGUCUCAAAGUCCUUCUGCGACAGUUGUUCGACACCGACGCCCAGAUAUUCGACCUGUCCGCUCUAGCAGACCUGAUCCUAUCGCAACCGCUCCUAGGUUCGACAGUCAAGGUCGACGGCAAGGACUCGGAUCCAUAUGCCUUCUUGUCCGUACUGAAUCUGCAAGAACAUAAGGACAAACCCGUCAUCAAAGAUCUCAUUACCUAUCUGCAGCGCAAAGCCUCUUCGAAACCCGCCUUCUCCGCUCUCUCCUCUCUCCUCUCACAAGAUCCCAUCGCGCCGAUUGGUCUUAUAGUCACGGAGCGCCUCAUCAAUAUUCCUUCAGAGAUUGUCCCUCCGAUGUACACUAUGCUCCUGGAAGAGAUCGCCUGGGCGAUUGAAGACAAGGAACCAUACAACUUCUCGCACUACCUUAUCAUCUCCAAGACAUACCAAGAAGUGGCCUCGAAACUGGACAUGGAAGACUCGCGACCAAAGAAAAAGAAGAGAGCUGGGGAUCAAGAACCUGAAGUCUUCCUCUUCCACCCUGAGGACGAGGUUUUCCAGCGACACGCGCUAUGCCAUGGCGGGUUUGAAUAUACGCAUCCGCCGGAUGAAGGUGCCUCCGAUUCGAAGAGAGCUUUCCAAGAGCUGGGAAUCAAACCGGCCGGAAGUCUGAUUCUCAUCGAAGCUUCCAAGUUCGAAGCUGCGGUCAAGGAUGUGUCCAAUUAUCUGAAGCCUCCAGAAUAAAUUGAUUAUGAUGGGGAAAAAGUCUUUUGUUUUGGUUAAUCUGGUUCAUUGAACGAGUUAUAUAAAGCGCGCGAUCAUCGAUUCUUUUCCUUCCAAACGGUUGCAGGAUAUCUGAAGAA